UUGUCGAUCAAACGUAAUGUCACUUUGAUUUGUAUUGUGCUUAGUUCACGGAAAGCCGGCUUUUGUGAAGCAGUAAAAAACACUCGUUUCACAAUGGAUUUUUACCGCUUAGUACCAAAAAUCGAAUUGCAUGCCCAUCUGAAUGGAUCGCUCAGCAACAGUACCCUGGCGGAGCUGCGUGAGCUGAAGUACGGAAAGGAGGUACCGAGCGGAAUCGACGAUUGCUUUUACAAAAUUUUACACGGUGAAUCUCUCACCCUGGAAGAAUGUUUUAAGAAGUUUCAAUACGCACACGAUUUGACCGAUCGUUCGGAAGCUCUCGAACGUGCGACACAGCGUGUGAUUGAGGACUUUGCCAACGAUAACGUGAUUUAUCUAGAGCUCCGGACAACACCGAAAUGCACAGCACAAAUGUCAAAACGGGAAUAUCUUACUACGGUGCUGGAAGUGAUAAGAAAAACAUCCACAAACCAGCCGGGAAUUAUCGUAAAACUAUUACCCUCUAUCGAUCGAUCCAAGGGCGUUUUGGAAGCGAUGCAAAAUGUAGACCUUGCCAUUGAACUGAGCUCCCUGUUUCCCGGAACAAUUCCUGGGUUCGAUUUGAGCGGAAAUCCUUUUGGUACUCAAUUUGCCGACUUUGUUCCGGCGUUGGAAAAGGCGCGGAAGAACGGUUUUCGUUUAGCGUUGCACUGUGGCGAAUUUGAGGAUGUGCAGGAAGUGAAGCAAAUGUUUGCGCUCGGUGUGGACCGUAUCGGACAUGGGACGUUUAUAGAUGGGGAGAACCUUGCCUUUGCUAGUAAACAUAAAAUUCCAUUCGAGUGUUGUCUUACGAGCAAUGUAAAAUGCAAAACUGUCCCAUCGUACGAAGCUCAUCACGUUGCGAAAUUGAUGAAAAUAAAUCAACCCGUCUGCAUAUGUACGGACGAUUUCGGUGUGUUCGAAACGAGCCUAUCGCAGGAACUGUGCAUUUGUGCAAACAUGUUUAAUCUCUCAAACGCACAGAUAGUGGAACUGCAACGAAAUGCGGUUGAGUAUUCUUUCGCUAGUGAGGAGGAAAAACAAAGGCUGCGCAACAAAAUUGACCAAUUCUCCAAAACCGAAGUUGUGUAAGCAAUGAUGAAACUGUUGGUGUUAGUAUUUAGAUGCUUUCAAAUUUAAUUAUUAACAUUACUGCUGGAAAUAAAUUACAGUUCAAUACUUGUUUGACCUGGAAAUAAUCAUAAACAAUAUAAA